CUAUAUUAAUGCCAGUUUACUAGUUCUUGUUAUUUUUAUGAUUUAUUAACUGAUUAUUAUCUUAUUAAUUAUUUACCUAAUAAUAAAGGGGACCUAGGGCUAAAGAUUUUACAGCACUGUUCCCCGAGACAGCAUUUUAUAUUUUUAGUUCAGACAGCUGCUAUUCCCUCCCCUCUCCUGCUUUAUGUUGUACAACUGCUAUAUGUAACCCUUUGUGUGUGUUUGCACAGUUUGUUUAACAUAAUUAAUGAAUUUACCUUUUUAAGUUUACAAAGUAUAUUGAACUAUGAUCCAUAAAGUGGGAUGACACAUCAUUUUAAACCAUAUUUAAAAAAUUGACCAAAAUUAAAAGAAUCAAGCUUUAGCACAUUGUACAAAGACAGUUGCUGCCUUUGUAACUGGUCUGGUUAAAUGUGUAAUGGGGGAAGGGUCUAUGAGUCAGAAGAAAAAUGGUUUGGUAGUACUGAUAAAUGAAAAGGCAGCUUUGAUCUUGUACAGUUGGGGGAGGGGAACAACCUGAGGCCACCUGCAGCCCCUGAGGCUUUCAGUAUAGUCCCUAGCACUCUCUUCAACUGUUUCUGAAAAAAUUUAGAAUUUUUAACUACACAGGGAAUAACCAUGUUAACUAUAUUUUUAAAAUGUUAAAUUGAAUAUUAUUUUGUUUUCAUCCUGGCCACUUGUGCUUUGUACUAUAGUCCUCAGCACUUCACACACACACAAAAUCAAAUGUGGCUUUUGAUCUCCCCCUCCCCCAAAAGCUGCAUUUCUCUAAUGUAAUGAGUUGUAUAUUUUCAAUUUGCUUAUACACUAUACUUUCAAAUUGCAUUUGAAUAGUAGUGUACUGUUAAUGUCAACAUUAACAAUUACAAUGAUAUAUUAGGAACCCUAAAUCUGUGAUAGUCUACUAAAAAAAAAUAUUAUAAAGCUGAUAAAAGGUGCAAAAAGACAUAACUCUCCCCAGAGCAAUUACUCUGUGAUAAAAGAGUAUAAUAUUUGAUGAUUCUUAGCUUAAAAAUGUUGAGGGAGCACAUUAUUUAUUUGCAGGAUGUGUGUGUUGUGUUUAUUAUUCUGUUUCCUAUUUUUUCUUGUUUCCUGGCAAAGCUGUUUAUACCUUUUAACAGCAUUGUUGUUGCUGUUAAAAGAGCUUGUUACCUUUGCUCUUGCUCCUUUCAGUAUUUGUGGAGUGUUAGCCAAGUGACAUCAUUUUUCAUAUUAGGAAAUUGGAGUUCUCACCAUUCACAACUAUUCCUAGGCAGUCAAAAUAGGUCUUGAAAUUCCAGUCAAGAAAUGUGGAUAGAAAGAACUGGAAUUCCACAAAUAGACUCUACGGGGGUGGGUAAUUCAGUGGUCCACAAGCGGACUCCUUUGCACCGAAACCAAAAACCGCCAAUAUCCUUGACCAAACUCUCCUCACGGGAUGGACAAAAAUCCAAAAAGCCAGUGUGCAAAUUUGAAGAAGGUCAAGAUGUCCUAGCCAGAUGGUCAGAUGGCUUGUUUUAUCUUGGAACCAUCAAAAAGAUAAACAAACUUAAGCAGAGCUGCUUCGUUAUAUUUGAAGACAGUUCCAAGUCCUGGGUUCUCUGGAAGGACAUACAAACAGGAGCUACUGAAACGGGGGAAAUGGUCUGUACAAUAUGUCAGGAGGAAUAUUCAGAAGCACCCAAUGAAAUGGUUAUAUGUGAUAAGUGUGGUCAAGGUUAUCAUCAACUGUGUCAUACACCAAAUAUCAGUUCUAAUGUGAUAGAUUCAGAUGAUAAAUGGCUUUGCCGGCAGUGUGUCUUUGCAACAACAACAAAAAGAGGUGGCGCGCUUAAGAAAGGACCAAAUGCUAAAGCACUGCAGGUCAUGAAGCAAACAUUGCCUUACAAUGUAGCUGACCUUGAAUGGGAUGCAGGCCAUAAAACAAAUGCCCAACAAUGUUAUUGCUACUGUGGAGGUCCUGGAGACUGGUAUUUGAAGAUGCUACAGUGCUGCAAAUGUAAGCAGUGGUUCCAUGAGGCUUGUGUGCAAUGCCUGCAAAAGCCCAUGCUGUAUGGUGACAGGUUUUAUACAUUCAUUUGUUCAGUUUGUAGUUCUGGACCAGAAUACCUCAAACGUUUACCCUUGCAGUGGGUAGAUAUAGCACAUCUAUGCCUUUACAACCUAAGUGUUAUUCAUAAAAAGAAAUACUUUGAUUCAGAACUUGAACUCAUGACAUACAUUAAUGAAAAUUGGGAUCGACUCCAUCCUGGUGAACUGGCAGACACACCAAAAUCUGAAAGAUAUGAACAUGUUCUAGAGGCAUUAAAUGAUUACAAGACCAUGUUUAUGUCUGGGAAGGAAAUAAAGAAGAAAAAACAUUUGUUUGGCUUAAGAAUUCGUGUUCCUCCUUGCCCACCAAAUACUGCUUUUAAGGCUGAGAAAGAACCUGAGGGAACUUCCCAUGAGUUCAAAAUUAAAGGCAGAAAAUCAUCUAAGCCUGUGCCUGAUCAGAGGGAAGUCACUAAUGGUGUAGAAAGAAAGGGGAAGAAAAAGUCUGUAGGUCGUCCCCCUGGCCCAUAUACUAGAAAAAUGAUUCAAAGAAUGUCUGAGCCAUCCAUUUUGGAAAAAGAACCUGUUAUAGUGCCAGAAUCCCCUGUUUUGGAUUCUCCUAGCACUACUGGAAGAUCUGAUGGAACUGCACACUCAUCCAAUACCUCAGAUGUGGAAUCCACAGGUGCUGCCAGUACAAAAGAAACUACCUCAAACAGUAUUUCCAAGCAUUACAGUUUAUCCGAUUCUAGAAAAAGAACACGAACAGGAAGAACUUGGCCAUCCACAAUACCCCACUUAAGGAGAAGAGGACGUCUUCCACGAAAAGCACUCCAGAUUCAGAACCCAGAAAUUGUAAAAGAAGAUGAAGGCAAAGAUGACUAUCAAUAUGAGGAACUGAAUACAGAGAUUCUGAAUAAUUUUCCAGAUCCACAGUUGCAGUUUAAUCAUCUCACGAACUCUAUUACCAGUUACUUUGGUGCUGCAGGUAGGAUAGCUUGUGGUGAAAAAUACCGUGUUUUGGCACGUCGGGUUACACUUGAGGGAGAAGUUCAGUAUCUUAUGGAAUGGGAAGGAGCAACUGCUUCCUGA